GCCCUGAUCCCAGAUUCCAUCCCCUGCUCUUUUGCUCUUUUCUCCGUCGCGCUCUACGAUGUCCAAGGAGCAGUACAGGCCGCUAAUGAGCGAUGACCCCGUGUACGAGGUCGAUGUCGAGAGUGAUUCCAACGCUGUCAGCCCCCCGAGGAACCGCUGGGCUCCAUCGUACUGGGCUUCGAAACUAUCCCGGUCCAUCCUCUUUACGCUGAUAGCCGUACAAUUCACCGCCCUCGCCGUUGCACUAUUCCUGCUGUUCUCCCGACGUCGACUGCCGGUCUGUAGCGUAAAUGUUCCGGACCAGCAUACGCUUUAUUCGCCGGCCCUCAGCGCCGUCGAAAACGAGGUUCGAGUGUACAGGGUCGGAUUCCCGGGCGACCUUUCCGCAGUCUUCCAGGAGCCUUCGUCACCGAAGUUGGAUGAGGCUUGGAUGGAUCUGUACAACUUUGGUAUCUCUUGGAUCACCAAAGAAGAGGCCGCCCAGCUUCCAAACAAGACACAUCCUAUUCCUGGGGAUCCCGACGGUCACUAUAUCGCGGAACUGAACGUCUUCCACAAUCUCCACUGUCUGAAUAAGAUCCGUAUGGCGCUGGAUCCAGACUACUACCCAGACUGGCGCAUCUCUACCACUGGCAAUUGGAUUGAAAGCCAGCGGAACGCCACCGAGCAUGUUGGUCACUGUCUCGACUGGAUUCGCCAGGACCUAAUGUGCCAUGCGGACACUAGUGUGAUUGUCUGGCAAUGGAAGGACUGGGCGAACAGCAGUCUCGUCAGGGGCGAUGUGGCUCACACGUGCCGGAAGUUCAACAAGAUCCAGGAUUGGGCACUGGGGCGCAUGGUCAAGCAAAAGUACGAUCCGACCGUGCGCAUUGACGAUGAUAUCGUGGUCCCUAUGUACCAGCAUGAUAUGGAACCGUACGCCUCCGACCUCUACCAUCCGAGUCGCCGCACUUUCUCUCAGGAAAAGUACAUGGUUCAUCGAAUCUGGGGAGAGGUGAGUGUGGCUUCAGGCCUCACUUCAUCCAGAGCUCCCGGUCUGCUUGAACUCAUCACAAUGGUCGCCUUCAACUUCUCCCUGAUUUUGAUGUCUGUUUUCGCAGCCAUGACUGCCAGUGCGAUGCCUCUGUUUGGCACUGGAUCGAAUAAAUACGCGCGUCUGGUGGAAGAUGACAACAAAGGCUGGCAUGUCGGAAACCGUGCAGUCGAGAACGAUCUGGUCGAUAAAGGCAACGACAGCUGGACUGUUCACGGCGACGCUGCUCGCGCCGCACCGACCGCUGCAGUAACUGGACCUGCAGUCGACACAGAUAACACCGACUGGUCUAUUGGUGGCAAAAAGCCCAACGUUGGGAGAGCGCUCGGGCAAGACCUGGAGGAUUCGAAUGACCACUGGACUGUUGGAAAUCGGGCUUUGGGCCCCGUUGACUACAGUGCGUUCCAACUAUUGAUUUUUGAACUUGAUGCUCAGAAGAGCCUAGACAAUGACCACUGGACCAUCGGCAACAAGCCUGCGGCUACACAAACCGUUGCGUGA